GCUACCGGUAACGUCUAUCAGUCCGUUGUAAGUUGAAUGUCUGAAAGCAGGCGCGGUUGCUGGUCACAGGUGUGGAGAUGGCAAAACGUAGGAUCACGCAGGAGACGUUUGAUGCGGUGGUCAAGGAAAACAUAGACGAGUUUGAAAUGGAGCCCGACGAGGCUCUGAAUGAGGCCAUACAGCAGUUUGAGUCUCAAGGCGUGGACCUAAGCAACAUUGUAAAAGCAGUUCCAGCAGCAGCCACAGCUGAGACGAAGGAGGAUCAAACGCACGAAGUUCUACAGGCACUACAGUCCCUUCAAAACUCUUUGAAUGGCUCAUCUGUAGACAGUAUGCGGGAAGACUUGGAACACUUCACAGAGCAGUGUAAGCAGGGAUUUGCCCAGCGGUACUUGGCCGCCCAGAAGGACGCCUAUCCCACAAUCCUCUCCUGCUGCAAAAAGGCCACGGAGGAGGAAGGGGCUUUGUUAGCGGUCCUCGCUGCCCUGUCGGCUCUGACCGACGGACAGCCCGACCUGCUGGACGCGGAAGGCCGGGAUUUCCUGACGGGCGUCCUUAACGCCCACCACGCGGACGCAGCUGUGACCUGCCUGGGCGUACGCGUGGUGCGGCACUGCUGUCUGAAGCACGAGCAGAACAGGCAGGACCUGGUUAAGGCCGGUGUGCUGCCACUGCUCACCAGGAGCAUCACGCGGCACAGCGGCCACCCCGAGCUGGUUAAGGAGGCCUGCGCCGCCCUCCGGGUCAUGACCUUCGACGAUGACGUGAGGGUCCCCUUUGGCCACGCCCAUGAACAUGCCAAAAUGAUAGUUCUGGAACACAAUGGGUUGAAAGUCAUCGUUGAGGCGGCCAAAGCUCACCCUCAUAACACCAGUGUCCUGAGUGAGCUGUGCAGUACUCUGUCUCGUCUGGCUGUGAGGAACGAGUUCUGUCAAGACAUUGUUGACCUGGGGGGGCUGAAGUUUAUGAUGACCUUGCUGGCAGACAGUCUGGAUCACCAGGAGCUGGUGAGGCAAGUGCUAAGUGCCCUACGAGCCAUAGCGAUGAAUGAUGACGUGAAAGAUGCCAUCGUGAACGCAGGAGGGACAGAGCUCAUUGUCAUGGCGAUGAACAGGCAUAUGGCCAAUGCACAGGUCUGCGAACAGGGCUGUGCUGCCAUGUGUGUUCUUGCCCUGCGCAAACCCAACAACUGCAAGGUGAUCAUGGACAGUGGCGGGGCCCUUGCAGCUCUGCAGGCCAUGAAGGCGCACCCAGGGGAGGUCAACGUGCAGAAGCAGUCCUGCAUGCUGCUGCGGAACUUGGUCUCUCGCACCCAGAGCUUCAGCCAGUCCAUCCUGGAGAUGGGGGCGGAGGCCCUGAUCGGACAGGCGCUGGCCUCCCACCGGGACUGCAGCGACGUGGCCCGGGCCGCACUGCGGGACCUGGGCUGCAAGGUGGAGCUGCGAGAGCUGUGGACGGGAGAAAAGGGCGGCCUGAGCAACUGACUCCCCGCUCAGCUGCCGGGGGCCAUCGUGCUGCGCUGAGUCACUUAUCUGUAAGCCAUGUGGAUCGGCUGACACAUGGGAUCCAGUGGAUGGGACAAGCCGUCCGUGUGAUGUAAAGAUUAGUGAUUCUGAA